CCCAGCCCCUUCAGCCGCUGUGUGCGCUACCUGGCCUUCCUCUGGAACCUCCUCUUCCUCCUGCUGGGGCUGCUGACCCUUGCUGUGGGGGUCUGGGGGCUGCUGACCAAGAGCUCCCUGCCCGGGGGGGAUCGUGGGGCGCCCCUGGGCUCGGACCCCAUGCUGCUGUUCGUGCUGGUGGGGCUGGUGGCCAGCGCCGUGUCCCUGGCCGGCUGCCUGGGCGCCCUGCGAGCCAGCCCCUGCCUGCUGCGCUUCUUCCUGGGCGCCCUGCUGGUUUUUGGGGGGCUGGAGCUGCUGGGGGGGCUCCUGCUGCUGCUGCUGCGGCGGCGGCUGCGGGACGCGCUGCAGGACCUGCUGCUGCUCUGCCUCCUGCGCUACCAGGAGGAUCCCGACCUGCAGUUCCUGGUGGAUGAGGUGCAGCGGAGCCUGCAGUGCUGCGGCCUCGAGUCCUACCGCGACUGGGAGAGCAACCUGUACUUCAACUGCAGCUCCCCGGGCGUGCAGGCCUGUGGUGUGCCAGCCUCCUGCUGCCGGCAGCCGCUGCAGGGCGGCUCCGUGCCCAACGCCCAGUGCGGCUUCGGGGCGCUGGCGCUGGGCCCCGCGGCGGCCGCGGCCUUGCUGCACACGGGGGGCUGUGGGGCCGCCAUGGCCGCGGGGCUGCGGGGCCAGGCCGGGGCCAUCGCUGCCGGGGCUGUCACCCUGCUGCUGCUGGAGGCCGUGGGAGCGCUCAUGGCCCUGAGGGUGCUCGGGGAUAUCACAGCUGGGAGGGUGUGGCAGUGA